AUGGGCCUUCCAUUGUUCAUUACUCCUGUCGAACCUGAGGUCGUCAUUGAAGCUACAGAAAAGACUGCUGCGGGACCGAGAUCUGCUAUCCGCCGACAACGCACCCUUCGAGGCCCCAAUGCGCGUGCCGCGAUUUUAGACAGCAGGCGGCGCCGUAUCCUGUCCACAGUCGCCGAUGUUUCGCCCGAAGAAUAUGAGAUCUGGGAGAUGCAGCGGACCAGUCCGCCAGCAGAUGUCGAAGCGAGGGAAAUUGAUAUCACACACCGAAGAGGAGCUCAGCGACUGCUGGCAGAAGCUGAGCGGUUAAGGGAAUCGCUUGGUAUUGAACGCCGUAAUCGAUCUAACGAGCCCGACGGGCCGUCAAUGAUGCCACCAGUCCCCGAAACCAGGGAUUACUAUGGCAUUAGAGGCGAGCUCGCUGCUCCUCGACAGCCCUCUGAUCUCCAACGUCUGGCCCGGAAUCCUGCCCCAACCCCUCCAUAUACAGAAACAGAUCUUGCUUUCCUCGCUCGAAGAGGCUCUGGCUCUCCACGACCAUCCUCUCUCGCGGCCGCUCUCUCCUUACCGGGCCAGCCUUUGAAUGACAACGAAUCUAGACGAAGACGGAUUAUGGAGGAGCACGCCAACCGCACUGCGCGACGACCCCUGGGCAGGAGGCCAAUAAGGUCCACAUUAUCGGACAGAAUCGUCGCGGCCAGCAGAGAAAUUGGACUGGGUUCCACAGAAAGACCUCGACCUUUCGCAGAUGGUCUAGGCGAUCGAGACCGAAGUUUAAGUCCUGAGGGCGAUUCAGCUUGGGAUACUCUUCGUGCUAGUAUUGCGCCCGACCCCCAGCCACCAAGUGUUGGAUCAUCUUUCGCUUCCGCAGCCGCUGCAGCCUCUUCCAGCACAGGCUCUGCUGUAACAUCUGCGGGUACUUCUAUGACAAGUGCAGGGCCGUCUGAAGGGGCCCCAGGCACUCGAGAUUGCGAUAUGUCUGAUUCGGCAUCCAACACUGAUGAGGAUGAAGAAGACAUGUACGGACUACAGGAGUUUCAUCGAAGCAGCGGAGAGCAUCUACGACGGUCAUAUGCUGAAAUGGUGUCAUCCCGACCACGACAACAAUCUCGCAAUGACAGCUCGGCCGAUGAGGUCGACUGGGCAGCGAUGCGCCGAAUCAUUACAAGUCUCGUAGAACGCGACGAUGUCCCCGAAGAAUGGUGGGCUUCAGCAGGACUGACCCGAAAUCUUCGUCACGAGCCCAUGUCUUAG